CAGGGCCAUGCAGCUCUUCUUGGGAGCCAGCAUCUGCCUUGGGGAGAGGGUCAGGGAGGAAAGAAGGCAGGGAGCCCAGCCCUUCUAGAAGAGUCCCUGCAAUGCUGCCCCAGCUGUGGAAGGAAAGUGCAGACGCCUCCCACAAAAGAGCAAGACAAAUGCAGGUCCAUGAUGCACACAUUAUUCCUGCCUUCUCAAACGCAGCACGAGUGCGGGAAUUCAGUGAGUCCCUACGAAGUCAACAAAGGCGACCUGGUGAAUUGGGCAGAUGGAGAGACCUUCUCAAUGAACAUUGGUUGAUUGAUAGCAUUGCCUUCCUUUCCUUUGCACAAUAUAUCCCUCUCACCGGGGCUAUCUCAUUUAAUUCUCACAGCCACUCUGGAGGUAAACAUUGAUCCUGCUUUGCACACAAGGAAACAGACAACAUCUCUGCUCUCCAGGACAGGGCAGCAAGAUUCAACCAGAAGCCCUCAAAGCCCUGUCGGCUGCCUGUCUCUCUUUCAGCAUGCUUUGCGUGACACUUGUGUGUUGGCCUCAAUUGCAUGGAUCAUCCUCUCACAGUGUAGCAACAGGAACUUGAAAAGUAGCCUCGCAAGCCCUGCCCACGGUGGCCUCCUUGCCAGCCUCAUGGGCUGCUGGGCCUCCUACGGGUCUUUCCAUGCAGUUGCUGUGCAGUUGCCAUGCAGCUGCUGUGUAGUUGCUGUGCAGUUGCCGUGUAGUUGCUGUGUAGUUGCAUGUAGUUGUCAUGUAGUUGCCAUGUGGUUGCCAUGUAGUUGCCAUGCAGCUGCGUGUGGUUGCUGUGCAGUUGCCGUGUCAUUUCUGUGCAGUUGCUGUGUAGUUGCUGUGUAGUUGCCAUGUAGUUGCCGUGUAGUUGCUGUGUCAUUGCCAUCUGGAAGAAUAGCGAGGCCUGUGGAGAGCCCAGCUGAAAAUCUUCCUGCUAGCAGUGCUUUAAGUGGUAUCUAUCCACCACCUCCAAGUGUGCAAGGACCACACACCUGGCCAAUCACAUCACCCACAAGUGUCAAGUCGCUGGACCCCAAACACUGGGCCUUGGCACCAUGAGUGGAGCACCCGCCAUGUGUUAGGCAUGGUGAAGGGCUUCCCGUGCACUGGGACAGCGGUUCUCAAAGUCCCUGAGACACUUUGGGUCUUCGAGGUCAAGACUAUUUCAUCAUAUUUUCAUAAUUCACUUUUUUCACUUUCAUCCUGUCUUAAGUAUACAAUAGAAUUUUCCAGAGGAUGCAUGAAGCAUGAUGAUGUCAUCACUCUGAUGGCCAGUGGAAUGUUUUCUAGAAUUUUCCAAGACGAGGUCUUCGGGGUGCUCAAUAAUCUUACGAGUGCACCUGGGGUGCUCGGGAAGUCACAAGGGCCACCACUGACUGAGUGCUUGCCAGGGAUGAGACCACACUUUGCACGUUGGAUACAUCUCCGGGGAAUUCAGAAGGCAGCCAACCUGACCGUGCUGGCUGGUUCCUUACAACGAUCUAAUGGGGCAGGAGAGAAAUUCAGCAGAGCAGAGGUAAGCAGAGCCUGCAGCUGCUGGGGACCCUGGGGUCUCCUGCAGUGUCGAGCCCCCAUGGCUUGUGGAAGUUGUGAUGGGUCUGGCAGGACAACAGCCAUCAACGCAGCAGCAGGUAUUUACAGUGUGCCCUGAGGCUAUCAAGAAACCGAGUUUGCUAAAGAUGACAGUCAACGGAAGCCUCUCUCCUUGCUGCCGAACCCUGCGCUGCAGGCGGCUGUCUAUACUGAGAUCCAAGCUCACGCUGGACCCCAGAACUCGUUCAUUUAACCUUCUUUCCUUUCCCCAUCCAAAUGAGUGGAAACAUCAUCCACGCAUACCAAUUUGGAAUUUGGAAUUUACAGAAACCCUUGGGAUUCUGCAAGGGAGGCAGGAGAGUUGCUGAUUCUAAUCCAGCCUCUGGUGAUUUGAUCACCGUAGAUUUAGUCCUAUCUCCAAAGAGAUCGGGGCCAAUGCUGCUGUGACUUCAUGGGGGUGGGGGGCAAGCCUGAAACCUUCAUACUCUGGACUUCGGGAUUUCUUAGAUCCUUUGCCUCUUCCGUCCCAUGAUGCUUUGUGGCCGGAGCCGGUGUGUCAGCCCACACCUAGAUAAAUUACAAGGGGAAAAAUGGCAUGGUCCUCUCCUGAAAUUUCCCCUGCUCUGUCCCUUGAAAAGACAUAAACCACUUGUGAGGUUGCUCAAUGCUGGCUGACAUCCUCUCUGCCUCAGUUUAAAGUGCCCAUAUUUUUGUGGAAGAUGCUUUGGUAUCCAUCACAUUUGGAACAUAGCAAUGGGCUUGAAUGGGCAAAGAUGCUCUGUGAUACAGGAUGCAGGCAUUGAAGCUUUUUUAAAAAAAAAAAGAGAAAGAAAGAAAAAAAAACCUCAGGCAUUUUAAUAUGUUAAAUAUACACCCAAUUAUUAAUUCUAAAGACUUCUACAAAUCAACCUAGAUGAAACUUUUUUCACCUUUUUCCUGCCUUUUUCCCCCUUCUCAGAAACAUUUAGACCUACCCUAUGGCAAUGACUAUCGGGAAGUCUCUGCCCUGUAUAUCAGCGUAGCACAAAUAAUUCAGCAUAAAGCAGCCCAGUUCCUGUAGCCUGGCAUUAGGAUAAGUAUAUCUUAAGAAAGUUCUUAUGCAGACUUGGCUCCAGGCAAUAAAACGUCAUAGACGUAUAACUGUAGCAAGUGAAAUUUCUAGGGAGCAAAUUAGGCUGAAAACAUCUUCUAGAGACGGCUAGAAAGGAAUCGUACACCACCCCAAAAUAAGGCAAGUUAUGCAGUAAAUGUUUCAUUUAUUGGCCUUCUUCCAUUACUAUUAGGGUUAAAAGACAUCUUGUCAAUAAGAAAAGUAUAUUUAUGGAGGACUGAUGUCUUUCGGAAAGGUGUUCCUGUCACAAAUGCCUAUAGCAGUAGUAAUCAUCUUAUGAAGGCAGGCGAUGAAACCCGGAACAAAUGCACACAUCUCCCCAUUAACCCUUGGAUCAUCAGGCAUUAUUGUCACUUUGUUACCUGGGCCUGUUAUUAGCUGGAACAAGGUGAUCAAGCCAGGCACUUCAGAAAAAUGUCAGAACAGAAGGGUGUUCCUCAGGGUUUCAAGAGGAGGGCGUGUGCCUUUCCAAGUCCCUUGACAGAAUCAUUGGGGGUGUGGGGGGGAAGGAUGCUUGUGAAGUGGGUACUUUUGCCUAUCCCUUCCUCCUGCUAAAAUUGAAAACUCUUGAGUGUCCAAUUUUUAAUGUUCCUAUGUUGGCUAAGGGAGUAGCUUUCCUCAAGGUCCAAAUAAGGAACCAUCACCCACGCAGAACAAAAAGCAAACAGAAAAUCUCACAGUGGAAUCAGGACUUUGGCUUCUAAACAUUUCCCCAUUUUAUAGCUUCCUUAUGUUUUCAGAUUCUUUUUUUGGCUUCCCUCAGCACACUCCCUGCAUAGAUAAGUCCAACACAGUGGGUAACAGAUCAUCCAUCUUGGAGCCCGGAUCUUUAAAGAAAAAUCAUACAGGAACACAAAUACACACACCCACACGUGUACAUAUCACUGCCAAGGGUAAUUCAGCAGAAGCUUGCCAAGUGAUUGGGGGAGCUGAAUAUGGCUGUCAACAUGUAUUCCCCACUUCUGGUAAAUCUAGCAAACUAUCCUCGUUUUUCCUAAAUUUUAAAGCCAAGCUUUCAGUGUGGUUUGUCUUUGCUGGUAUGCCAUGAAUCUCUUAGCCGUGACUAGGGUAUAGGAUAGAACUACAGAUUCAUGGACUCUGAAUAUUAAAAAGAACCUAAGAAAAUAUCUAGUCUAACCAUCUCACACCCCCCGCCCCGUGAGACAAGACAAGGGGUCCGCAGGUAACAUGGCUAUGGCCAGCUUAUUUCUGCAGUCCCCACAUUCCCGUGUUUCAGUGGGCACCUAACACUCCACUGAAACUCCCCCGUGGGGAAACAGCAUCUGAAAGGUGAUUUAUAUAAUCUGUAACUUCCUUUGCACACUCGUUGGUAGGGAUGAACAAAGGAAGUACCCUCGGGAGAGGUAACCUAUUCACUUAAGUUUUAAGGCAAAAGGCAGGUUGCUAGCAUCUAUACAUAACCACAGAAAAAGAUUUAAUCGAAGGAAGGCUUGGGGCUGGGGUUAAGAAAACAGAGAAGCAAAGAAACUGAAGGGCAGUGGAGGAAGAGGAGGAGGUGAAGGUCAGGGAGGCUAAGGUACAGCUACUUACAGUCUGGGACGUAGCUGGCCCCAGGAACAGGCUCCAAGGGAUGAGGGCACAGCUUCUCCCCCAUGCCACCCUCCUUCCAGUCUGCAGAGGCCAUGGUGGCAAAAUCUCCUGGCUAAGGCUAAAGUCAGAUCUGGUCUAGUUUCUUAUGUUUUUAGAAUCUCUGCCAUUUGGGCAGAACUCUUGGUCCUAUAAACCAGGAGUCAUCAGUAUCUAGAGAGAGAAGUUGCCUCAACACUUGAACACCAGCCAACUGUUGUGUAAAAUUUCAUACCAAAUCUAUAAAUUACACACCCACAAUUAUGGGCCAACCUGACUUUUUUUUUUUUUAAUAUUGUAUUGCCUUGCUUCUUGCCCAUUGCAGUUCCAACUUCGUCUCCCUUCUCCUCCUCAAUUCAAGCACCACCUGAAGCCCUUCCAGAGACUCAGGGGUAUUGACUUUCUGAGAUCUUGCUGGUCUGCUCCAUGCCUUUUUAUGGCACUAAGCAAUGAAAUUAGAUGUGGCACAUGUGCUAUCAUAGAAUAACUUUUAAUUGCUUAAUUAAAUCAAAGAUUUAAGGAAGGAAAGACUCAAGAGUUCCCUUUGAAUGAGAAAAAUAAGGAUAUGCCAAAAUGGAUGAUGUUACUAAUCAUUGGAAGAAAGCCUCUUAGUAUUUACAUAUGAUAAAAAUGCAGGCCAGUACAUUAAAAACAGUAAGUACACUUUUAAAAUUUUCAAUUCAGUAUAUUUAUGAGCUUUUAUUAUACAGGUAGUCCUAUAAAGGACAUAGAAGACCUCAUUAUACCACUUAAUUCAAAUCAGGGUUAGAUUAAAAAAACCCCACCACACAGGACAAAGAAAUUGCCAUAAAAUUAAGUUACUAUAAAUGUGUUCCAGUUUAAGUAAAUAAGCCCCUAAAACGGGCCUUAGGAAAAGUCUACACUGUAUAUAGACAGACUUAGGCAUACCAAGUAUACAGGUGACAAUUAGCAAGUGUGUAAAGCUAUGGUCAUUUUUCUAAAUCUAAAGGCGACCAAAUGAAAAGACCUAAAAAAGGAAACUGUUAAAUCCAUUUGUACAUGGAUUUAACAGUGAAGCAUUUCAUUCUUCAUGUUUUUACUUGGUGUCUUGAAAUAAUCCCCUUUCUGUCUCCACUCUCCCUCUUAGACACUGCGCCCGCCUUAUUUAUUUAUGAAGUCUGAAGGUUAGUCCUACCUGCUGAGACUAAUUAGCCCUGUGCUUUGUAUCCUAUGCAAUCCUGUCUGAUUAAAUGUACACAUUUGUUUUACUUCUUUUUAGGCUCCUUCUCACUCUACUUCUGAUUUUCUGAUUAAUAUUAAAGUUUGGAGUUACAGUGAUUCUCCUCUUGCCCCCCCCAACCCAUUUUUAUCUUGCCCGCAUCUUAUUCUUUAGUGUGCAAAUGUGGUUGUGAAUUUUUUUCCAGUGCAGGGGAAUUCGUUGGCCUUGUCAAUCUUGGCAUCAUUAUUUUUAGUAGUCUUCUUUUGGAGACCUUAGCCUAUAAAACAGUUUUGCUGAAACCCCAAACUCUCUAAAUAUUACAUGGUAAAUUUACUUUCUUUUGGAAACCUAGGUGCUGGUGGGCCAGCUGAAGAGUAGGUGAGCUUUUUAAAGGAAAGGUGGGGCAACAGUACAUUGUGGACUCUAGACCAACACUGCUCCUAAUAGGCAAUUUGCUAAUUCUUACUGAUUUAUUUUUUUUUCUGGUUCUUUUUGUCCCCUUUGCAUGUUGUAGUGUCCAGCAGUCCGCUGCUUAUCGGAUAUUUGCAAGAAAAUGAACGUUCUUCCUCCAUCACUCAGAACUGUGUUUUGGGAGCUGGGCCUUUCCCCUGUAACGUAAUUCUGUUCCCCAUUUUGUAACAAAUCAAUCUGCUCCCCCCCUGGAGUUCCAACCUAAAGGUCAACAAAUACCUGCCUCACACCCCAGGUUUCCCAUCUCCUCGGGGGAGGUCUUCAGCUUGGGCUUGGUUAGCAAUUUCCUGCCAGAGCCAUCUACAUCUUGAUUAUUUGGUCAGUCUUUUGGAGGAUUUCAUUUCAGACCCCCUUCGAGAAAGGCUCCAGCCCAACUGAUCCAGGGGUUGGUGAACUUUCAGUUUUAUUUUCCCCAGCGGUGUUAACGCCCAAACUUUUCACCUCCAAAGUCAGAAAGGACUUUGAAUCCUACCUCAUUUCCUACCACCUCCAACGUCAGUUAAAAA